AUGAAGCAUACCAAUAAUUCUUCUAUUAUUUCUUUUUCUAAAGAAAACGUAUUUGAAAUUAAAGUUUUCAAAUUGGUUAAAAAUAAAAUAAAGAUUGACUGCCAAAGAGAUGAUAUGAUAGGCAGAGAACUGGAAGCGUAUCGUGGCCACAGGGGAUGUUACAAGAGCCAAGUAAUAAUUGCUUGUGAACGUCCUUCUCUGUUUUAUCUGUUAUCUGAAUGCUUAACAAGAGGUGACGGUGGCAUGAAUAUGUUUAGCAAUCAUAAUCAUUACUUAUUAUUGUUUCAAUGCAAAGAUCUUACUAACAAAGUUGAA